AGCGCCUUGAACAAUGUUCUAGUUUGACUGAGUUCUUCGUGGAUCUUAAAGAUUUACUUGUUGAGUAAUUAUAAUUGUUUUAAACAAAUAUGACUAUAAUUUAAAAUAUUAUUUAAUCCAUUAGGAACGUAUUAUAACAAAAGAAAAGCGUGAACCUAUGCCAGAUGAGAGUUAUUAUUCAAAACUCUUGUCAGAAUUAGAUACUGUUGGAUGGGAUAAAUUAGAAUCUAUUGAUCCUUCGCUUAAAUCCCUAACUUUAAUCUUGAACGAUUCAUCAGGUCGAAAACAUAAAAUUUACAUUUCCUUGUCGUUUUCUUAUCCACAAACACCACUUACCGUACAGAUAGAUCUUCCAUCUUCUGCAUCUAAAAUGUCAAAUCCAACAAUAAACUUCAAUGAUAUAAUCUCUUUUUAUUCAAAGGAGGUUGAAAAAUUUCAGGAAGUUUGGUCAAUGCUUGAUGACAUUGAUGCAAAUACAUGGGUACUAGAACCCGAUAAACCAAAACGUAGCGAUAUGUCACGAAGAAUAGCGUUAGGAAAUCAUUGUUCUUUAUUUAUUAAGUUGGAUGAAUUUAAUCCAAAAAAGUUAUGUGAUUAUACUUUAUUCGGCGCAGAAAGUUUUAUUACACCGCUUAGAACUAAUAUUGCGAAGAAUUUUAACAACUGGGAUCUUUUACUUUCUAUACGUCAAAAUCUUGAGAAAAUAUUAGAAAUUAAUUUUCCUUCUCCUGAAGAAAGUUCAGAUUUUAACGUCGCGUGUGGAAUUUGUUACGCUUAUCGCUUGGAUGAUGUAAUCCCAGAUCAAACUUGUAGCAAUGCUAAAUGCGGUCAACCAUUUCAUCAAGUUUGCUUAUAUGAAUGGCUUCGCGCUAUUCCUUCAACAACACAAACCUUUAAUAGACUAAGGGGAGAUUGUCCAUAUUGUAAUGAUACAAUUCUGCUUAUCAUAAAUGAUAAGUAAUUUAAUAAAGGGCAAGUUAUUAAAUUCCCCGAGUUUCAUAUUGUAUAUUUCCUAAUAUAGAAGUUUGCAAAACUUAUUUACCCAUGUAAGAUUAUCUACCAUAAAAUUUUUUAUUGGCUGCCUGUGAAAAUAAAUCAAAAUAAGAAAUAGCGUCAUUACUAUGAUAUCAACUUUAUUAGUAAAUUUUUUUUUAGUACAAACCUUUUUUUUUACUUUUCCUU